AUGGCCGUCGACCAGCAAAAUGCUUUCGCAUCGAGUAACGGAGAUACGACGUUUGAGGCCAACUCCGCACUACCCACUGCGGGAAUUGCAGUACACGCGAACAACCCAGAAGCUGUUCCAGGCCUUUUAAAAGAACUAUCCAAACUUGAGGAGACCCAAUCUGUUCAUCGCGAUGAUAUUCGUCUAGCAAUGCUUGUACACGCUAGAGCUCUCGUAAGGGCACUGGAGACACCUCGAGAAACAAUGAUCAAACACAACUGGGCACAGGCAAGCUGCCAUGCCGCCAUUACAGCUUGCCGCAACGCAGGCGUGUUCGGGGUACUGGGAGACAAACCCCUAACGAUUCAUGAGAUCGCAGGUAAAAUUGGAAAGCCCUGCAAAGCUUUAGCCCGCUUGAUGAGACACAUUGCGGCUAUGGGCUACAUCACUGAGACGGGGACUGAUGAAUAUGCCGCCACUCGUUUUUCAAAGGCUCUGACCCUCCGUAGCAUUGGAGAUGCCUACCCUGCUCUUGCUGGUGGAGCUCAUAUCUCUUGCAGCAAGUUAGCAGAGUACAUGCAGAUGACCAAUUACGAAUCUCCUUCUGAUGGAAGAGAGGGUCCUUACCAAUACGCCUUCAAUACGAAACUGAACAUGUUCGAGUACAUGCAGGCGCACCCUCCUCUUGGAGAACAGUUCAACUAUCACAUGAGUGGCUACAGACAGGGUCGACCGAGUUGGAUGGAUCAAAACUUCUACCCGGUCGAGGAGCAGUUAAUCAGCGGCAUGGAAACUUCAGAUGAUGCUGUCCUGCUAGUGGAUGUUGGUGGAGGCAUUGGUCACGAUCUCGAAGAGUUCAGGACCAAGCACCCUGCUGCACCUGGUCGACUUGUGCUACAAGAUCUCUCUUCUGUGAUCAAUGGUAUCCAGGAACUAGAUCCCAAGAUUGAGCGCAUGGAGCAUGACUUCCAUGCUGAGCAGCCACUGAAAGCGGCUCGGGCAUACUACAUGCAUUCGGUCUUACAUGACUGGACUGACGAUGUAGGCAAGAGUAUCCUGAAACAGAUUGCAGGUGCCAUGAAACGGGGUUACAGCAAGUUGCUAAUCAAUGAGAAUGUCAUUCCGGACAUAAAGGCGGACUGGCAGGCUACUGCGCUGGACGUAAUGAUGAUGACUCUUUUUGCUUCUCAAGAACGAACGUCUUCUGACUGGAGUCAGCUGUUGGAAACACCUGAGCUUGGUCUUAAGAUUGUGCGAAUCUGGAGUGUCGAGCACUCUCAGGAGAGCUUGAUCGAAUGCGAGUUGGCUUAA